AUGAAGAAACAGCAAAGUGAGAUGGAUGUGAAGCUCAGGGCGUUGAACUUCAGAUUGAAACGCUGCGACGAAGACUCGGCAAUGAAGAUAGAGGUAGCCGUAGACAGACACCGUGAGUCCAUUACAACAAUUUUAAGUACAAUUAGUAUUUUAAAAGGUUCCAUUGAAGAAGCCACAUUCGCGCAGAGCGAAUCUGAUGAAUCAAUACAACAAUGGUCUACAGAGAUAGAAAAUCAAAUUGCACUGGCUGACAAGUGUACGCAGAAACUUGCCGAUUUCGUGAAGACCAUAUAUCAAAGGGCACAAGAAGUUGAAUUGAAGCAUACACAGGAACAGACAAUGCAAUUCGAAAAACAAUUAUUAGAGCAGAAGUUAGAGGCCGCACUGAAAGAGAAGAAAAUUGCUGGGAAAACCGUGAGAUUGCCUAAGCUUAGCAUAACUAGAUUUAAUGGUAAACCGCAUGACCGGGUGCGUUUCAAAGGCCAGUUUGAAGCGAUGGUCGACUGGCAAAGUGUACCACCGAUAAGUAAGUUCUCCCACCUUAAAGAGCUCGUUGAUCCAAGUAUUUGAACAGUGAUAGACUGCCUCCCGUUUACAGACGAAGGAUACACUCGGGCCUUCAAAUAUUUGGAAGAUAAAUAUGGGCACCCUUGCGAAGUAGCUGGUUCAUAUGUAGUUAGUCUCUUAGAAUUGCCGACCAUUAGUGAAAGGGACGUUUCCAAAAUACACCGAUUUUACGAACAGCUAUUGUUUAACGUUGAGAACUUGGAAACCCUUGGGGAAACUUGAUAGCAUUGAAGGCACAACCUAUUACGUGUUGCGCAAACUUGAAAUCAUUAAAGCGGAACUUGUGACUCAUGUUAAGACUGACUGGAGAGAUUAGACAUUCAAGGAUUUGUAAGAAUCCUUGAAAAAAUGGGCGGAGACCAAUCUAGUUACUAAAGUUCCUAAACGAGGUAAAUUUGGAAAAGAUCCCUACAGUCAGUCCCCAGGCGGGCGAGCGUUUGGGUCACGAGAUCAUGAAAUAAAAUGCGUGUACUUCGAAAGUACAGAUCACAGAGCCAAAGCAUGUGACAAGGUGUUGACACCACUUGAGAGAAAGAAAAUCCUUGCCAAAAAGCGUUUAUGUUUUAAUUGCGCAAGUGGUUAACUUCAUGCGAAUUCUUGUAAGAGUAAAAUCUCGUGCCAACCCUGCGAAGGGCGACAUCAUACUUCGAUAUGUGAGAGUAAAAACCCUGAUGAAACUAACAACGGUACAAGUUUCACAGCCAGUAUAAACAAAAGAUCUGUAAUUCAUCCUGUAGUGUUAAUUAAGAUAAACGGACAGACAUUCCGCGCGUUGCUUGAUAGUGGCGCCAGUCACUCUUACGCUUCCUCUACCUUAAUCGACAGAUUAAAGCGCGUCCUGUCAAAACUAGUACUCGCAGAAUAGCUACCUUAAUGAGCACAACUACCACUAAAGUUGAAGAAUACGAUUUGUCUUUAGAAGCAAUAUUACGGAAAUUUGUUCUCAAUGCCAGAGUUACUAAAAUAAACAAGCGCGAACUAUUGACUUUAGAUAAUCCUAAUUAUGAAGGGUUUUAA